AUGGAGAACACUCGCGUGUUCGUCAGUGGUCUUCCACCGACAUGCUCCAAUGAUCAGCUCCGCAAUCAUUUUGCAGUCCGUUUCCAGGUCACCGACGCUCAUGUCCUGCCCAAGCGGCGGAUGGGAUUUGUCGGUUUCAAGAGCCAUGAUGCGGCUCAGGAAGCUGUCAAGUACUUCAAUAAGACAUUCUUGAAGAUGUCCAAGAUCUCGGUAGACAUUGCCCGACCGAUUGACGCUAAGCCCGAGAAGUUCCCUUCUCGCAACCGCGAUAUGGACAAUGACUUCCAGUCCUCGGAUAAUGGUCUCAAGCGCAAGCGAGAAGAGAAGGCCCAAGACCCUAAGCUCAAAGAGUACCUCUCAUUGAUGUCAACAUCCUCCAAGAUCCGCACAUGGGCAAAUGACGACGGCAUGGUGAAUCCAACUGAGGAGCCUGUGCCGGUCAGUAACCACCCUGCCCAAGAGACCACCGUCACCGAGGAGUUGCCUUCCCACCCGAAGAAAGCUCGUGUCCAGGAAGCCUCUCCUGGUGAAAAGGAUGAGGCACCAAAACCUGUGGUUGUUGACCAAAGUGGACCAGAUGAGAGUAUGGACACUCCCAUGCUUGAUGACCAAGAGGAUGAUGGAGAUGAAGAACAAGGCGAAGCUGCCCCUGUCUCGGAUGCCGAUUGGCUUCGAUCAAAGACAAGCCGUCUUUUAGGUCUUCUUGACGAAGAUGAGCAGGCCGAGUUUGAUGACCACAAGGUUGCAGAACCGGCCAAGCCUCGGAGUCGCACUCCUGAUGAACCAGAAUCCCGCAAUGCGGCAAUUGAGAAUAUCGCCGCUCAACCCCCUCUUCCCCCUCAACCCACAGCUAAUGAUGACGAAAAUGAAGAUGACGAAGAGCAAGAAGUUGUAGUUCGAUUGACGGCGGAGCAGAACAAGAAUAUUGAUCUCAUCCGCGAGUCUGCUCGUCUGUUCGUGCGAAACCUUGCCUACGAUACCACUGAUGGGGACCUAGAGCCGCUUUUUGCUGAAUAUGGCAAACUCGACGAGGUUCACGUGGCCUUUGAUACUCGCCAUGAGAAGAGCAAAGGCUUCGCCUAUAUUCAAUUCUCGAACGCCGAUGCGGCGAUUGCAGCCUACAAGGCCCUCGAUGGAAAGCUCUUUGAGGGCCGACUCAUGCACAUCCUUGGUGCAUCUGCCAAGAAGACAUACAAGAUUGAUGAUCAUGAAUUGUCGAAACUCCCCCCUGAAGAAACAGAAGCAGAUCAAGCGGAAGCAAGUUGGAACUCUCUUUACAUGAACGCUGAUGCUGUGAUGUCUUCCGUUGCGGAGAGACUCGGAGUCUCUAAAGCAGACUUGCUUGACCCUACAUCUUCUGAUGCGGCUGUCAAGCAAGCGCAUGCUGAAACGCAUGUUAUCCAAGAAACAAAGGCCUACUUCGCAUCAAAUGGAGUGAAUAUCGACGCCUUCAAGGGUCGCGAACGUGGAAACACUGCGAUCUUGGUGAAGAAUUUCUCUUAUGGUGUCAAGUCUGGUGAACUACGAAGCAUGUUUGAACCUUUUGGUCAGAUUAUUCGCCUUCUCAUGCCACCCAGCGGUACUAUUGCCAUUGUAGAAUUUGCCAGACCCGAUCAGGCACAAAAAGCUUUCAAGGCCCUAGCCUACCGCAAACUCGGGGACUCAAUCAUAUUCCUGGAGAAAGCUCCUCGGGAUCUGUUCGAUCCGAACGUGGUACCCAAGGCUGUUGACACCGAAACCCGCGGCAAGGGCCAAGGUUUCUCUACUGCGGACACAUUCGCAGCCGACGAGCAGGAUACUGGCAUGACAUCGACUCUCUUCGUGAAGAACUUGGAUUUCUCGACUACCAAUGAGAAGUUCCUGGAGGUCUUCCGCCCUCUGGAGGGCUUCGUCACUGGGCGUAUCAAGACCAAGACCGACCCCAAGAAGCCAGGUCAGACUCUCAGCAUGGGUUUCGGUUUUGUCGAAUUCAGAACCAAGUCCCAGGCUCAAUCGGCUCUUGCAGCCAUGAAUGGCUACAAGCUCGACCAACACGAGCUGGUCAUCCGUGCCUCUCACAAGGGCAUGGAUGCCGCGGAGGAGCGGAGACGCGAAGACACUGCCAAGAAGAUUGCAGCCCGUCGGACCAAGAUCAUCAUCAAGAACUUGCCGUUCCAGACCACAAAGAAAGACAUUCGAUCACUUUUCGGCACAUACGGCCAGCUUCGGUCCGUGCGUGUUCCGCAAAAAUUCGAUCGCACUGCCCGUGGUUUCGGUUUCGCGGACUUUGUCAGCGCUCGCGAGGCGGAAAAUGCCAUCGACGCGUUGAAAAACACGCAUCUUUUGGGUCGCCGACUGGUGCUGGAAUUCGCGAGCGAGGAGGCUGUCGAUCCCGAGGAGGAGAUCUUGAAGAUAGAGAAAAAGGUAGGGGAACAGGUGGACCGUGUGAAGGCCCAACAAAUGAUGGGCGGCGGACGAAAGAAAUUCACCGUAGGGGCCCAGGAGGAAGAAGCAUGA